AUGAGCGAUAACGAUAUCGCCGCGCGCGUCAAGAAGAUCGUCGUCGAUCACCUUGGCAUCGAAGAGGAAAAGGUGACCGAGAAUGCGAGCUUCAUAGACGAUCUCGGUGCGGACAGCCUCGAUACGGUCGAGCUCGUGAUGGCCUUCGAGGAGGAGUUCGGCUGCGAGAUUCCCGAUGACGCCGCCGAGAAGAUCCUCACGGUGAAGGACGCAAUCGACCACAUCGAGCAGAUCACCUGA